AUGGAACCAGGAAAUUUAUCCUCAGAUCAUCUCACCUACCUUCGUCAAGCCCUCGACUUAGCCCGACUCUCUCCACCUAAACCUACCAACUUUCGCGUUGGCGCACUACUUCUCAAUGCUUCAACGAACACUAUUAUCGCAACAGGUUACACACUAGAAUGCCCUGGCAACACGCACGCAGAACAAUGUUGCUUCAUAAAGCUCUCGCAAGAUCUUAAUACACCUGAAGAGCGGCUUGCAGAUGUUCUGCCUGAGCAUACGAUAUUAUAUACCACAAUGGAACCAUGCGCAAAGAGGUUGAGCGGCAACGUGAGUUGUUUGGAAAGGAUCUUGAAGCUGAGUGAAGGCGGAAAAGGAAUUCGAAAGAUAGUGGUUGGUGUGAAAGAGCCGGAGAAAUUUGUAGGCGAGAACGAAGGGAGAAGAAAGUUGGAAGACGCGGGCAUUGAGGUAUUACUGGUGGAGGGAUUGGAGGAAGAAAUAUUGAAAAUUGCUACAGCAGGGCAUGUUCCGGCGUCUGAAGGAUGA